AUGGCCAGAGGAAAUUAUUCCACCGUGACCGAAUUUGUCCUCAUGGGAUUCUCAGAUCAUCCAGAGCUUCAGCUGCCGCUCUUCUUAGUGUUUUUAGUUAUUUUUCUCGCCACUCUGCUAGGAAAUCUGAUGAUGGUUCUUUUAAUCCAGGUCAGCUCCCCACUUCACACUCCCAUGUACUAUUUCCUCAGCCACCUGUCGUUCAUCGAUCUCUGCUACUCUUCCUCCAUAGCUCCCAAGAUGCUGCAAGACUUUUUAAGGAAGAAAAAAACCAUUUCCUUUGCCGGAUGUUUUGCCCAGAUGUAUUUCUCAAGUGCUUUCUCUACCACAGAGUGUUUCCUAUUGGCCACCAUGGCCUAUGACCGCUACAUGGCCAUCUGCAAGCCCCUGAUUUACACGACUAUUAUGACCAAGAGGGUUUGUAGAGAGCUGAUGAUUGGAGUUUACACAUAUGGGUUCCUGUACUCUGUGAUCCAGACUGUCCUGACUUUCCAGCUCUCCUUCUGUGAUUCCAACAUCAUUCAUCACUUCUACUGCGCUGACCCACCGCUUCUGGCCCUCUCCUGUUCCGACAUUCUUGCGAAGAGGAAUCAGCUCUUGAUUUUCUCUGCCCUAAAUCUCUCCAGUUCUCUUCUGACCAUCCUCGUCUCCUAUGUUUGCAUCCUGGUUUCCAUCCUGAAGAUUCCUUCUUCUGAAGGAAGGUGUAAAGCUUUCUCCACCUGUGCCUCUCACCUCACAGUAGUCACCAUCUUCUAUAGCACAUUAUUCUUCAUGUACCUGCGGCAGCCUAGGAUAGGGGAUUCCUGGAACUACAACAAGGAGGUUUCUGUGUUUUACAGUCUUGUCAUCCCUAUGCUUAACCCCCUAAUUUACAGCCUGAGGAACGCGGAAGUGAAGGCCACGCUGACUAAACUGCUGGAUGGCAAAGCUUUACGAUGA